GACGCGACGACAGUCAGACGUCUAGAACAUAUGGACAGUCGGUCGGUGGAGUGACAUGUCUGACGGCACGUUUAACGUUCAUGCAAUUGAAAUAGUUCAAGUUUGACUCAGAUAGGAGGCCAAAACUACAGCGAAAUAGUCAGGAACUGACAACGAAACUUCUAAGCCAUUUCUGUGCUAUCUCCAUGGACGUCAGUUUUCAAAGCAUCAGUUUGUUCCCGGGUUCAGUAUCGAAUAGUUUGUCUGUGAUUUUUCUCUUGGUCUUCCCCUCAAUUUUCUUCCCGUGUAAACUAUACUCGUGUCAAUUUGGUGCACUAUUGAAUGUAACUGAUUCCUUAAGUGAAAGAUUAUGUCAAAACUACUUUCGGCAGCUCGAUUGGCUUUUAAGAAGCAUCCUUUUGUCACAAACAGCGUCAUUUACGGAAGUCUUUAUGUGGGUGCGGAAUAUUCGCAGCAGUUUUUAACGAAACGUGUUUUUGUGGACAAGAACCAGAAAAAGGAUAUUGAUUAUCCAACCAUAGGUCGGUAUGCCGUUAUGGGGACAUUUGUCUAUUCACCAACACUCUACACAUGGUACAAAUGGCUGGACCGUACAUUCCCAGGCACUGCCAAAUCGAUCAUCGUUAAGAAAUUGCUUAUCGAUCAAUUUGUCCUGACGCCAUUCCUUUUGACAGUUUUCUAUACAGGAAUGUCCUUAAUGGAGAAUGCAGAUGACCCGUUCAUGGAAUUGCGAGAGAAAUUCCUGCCAACUUUUGUACGCUCGUGUAUUUUCUGGCUACCGGUACAGACGGCGAACUUCAUCAUGAUACCACCAAGGUUUCGAGUAAUCUACAUGGGAGUCUGUGGAUUCAUGUGGGUCAAUAUCCUUUGCUGGAUAAAACGACAACAAGUGACGGUGUUGGCGGCAGCGGGCGUAGAUGUCCCAUCAGCAACGCCAGCAAUCGCAACAGGAAGGACGACAAGGCUGGCGGUGGAGGAGGACAAUUCCGAAUAAAUUGCCAUCCUACCAGAUGCUGAUUUUGCCUUUGCCUUAGCCUGCUCCUCUCGCUCGCUGUUCGCUAUUCAGCUUUAUAUAGGAACAUGUAUACUGUGUUUUUGUGAGUGCGGCCAAGAUAAAUCGAUGUUGAUGGCCCAUUGAACAAUGGACGAAGGAUUUGGCUUGCAAAAGGAUACUCUCUUGGAUUAAGGCUAAAUGCUAUUUUUAUAUAGAUACUUUUAUAGAUAAAUUUUUAUAUACAGAUAUAUAUUUAAGUGAUAGGAAUAUUCUUUUUAUUUUUUUUUUAAAUUGUUAUCCUUAUUUUGCAAGGACAUUCCAAGUUUUUUUUAUUUUUGUAUUGUAUUUCUUUUGUAUAUCACAUAAAUCUGUGCCCAUUAUAAUGUUGGCCGCCAUUGCUUAUUGUAGGUUAGCAAAAAUUAAGUGGACUUUGUAAAAUAAAUAUGUAUUCAAGAAGUUAAAAACGAAA